AUGCCGGGAAAGGAUUGUUAUGAGCCGAGUUUUGGUGCGAUCGUGGGUGCGUACAAGUCGCCAGUAGUAGUGUCCCCGCAAGCUAGCACGCAACACUCGCAGGAGCAACACCAACAGCAAAGCAUCGAUAACGGAAGUAAACAGUCGGAAUCGCGAUCGCAACCCAACGAUAGCGAUCCGGACAGCAACAUCGGACGAACUACGUCAGAAACGGCAUCUCCUGCAGCACUGCUGGUAUCACGUGCAGAAAGUGGCGAUCGUGCGUGUGAAGUUGGUGAUAGGGAAACUGGUGAGAGUGAUAUAAAUCGAACGUUACACGAACAGAACGCCUUGCCAGGGAACACAACAGAAGCCGGUACUCCGCCGAGCAGCAACACACCCUCCGUGAUAACUUCCUGCUCAAAGUUACUGUUCGGGUCGGAUCCGGUGAAGGUGUCGGCGUACGGAUCGGAUCACCACCAGGAAGCGAGCCCCGGCUCCAGUUCUCCGCCACGUUUCUCUACCCUGCAAACGGUUAGCAACAGCAGCGGAGGAACAGGCUAUGCCCCGUACCAACAUCUUUGGCCGUGCGAUUUGAGCUACAAACCAGUGGAACAACGGGCCAGCUCCCCGCCGAGUGAACCUUCCUCGGGAGAGCUUACGCGUCAGCAACCAACCCCUCCAAGGGCAGUGUAUAUAGGCGAUCCGGACGCGGGAGUGUCUUCAUCUCCUUCGGGGCAUCUCGCUGUGGUGAACCAUCUAAACCCGUUGGUGUGCUCGACCGAUCCCUCGCUAAUAAGCGGAAUGCGCGGAAGUUUACUUUCGAUGUAUUCUUCGUAUGCGUCUCCGCUAGGCAGUGGCCCGCACCACCAUGACCACAUGGACGAAGCGACCGUCCUGCAGCAUCAUGUGCAAGUGCAAGAUGCACACCUUCGCGGAGACGACGAAAUGUCUGCGAUUAACCAUCAUCUGCAUCAUCAUCAUCAGCAGCAGCAGCAGCAGCAGCAACAGCAGCAUCAUCACCAUCAUCACGCGCAGCACCAUCAUCAUCAUCAUGAAGUGAUCGCGCCACAGCCCAACAUCGACGACAUGAUUGCGGACACGUUAAAAGACGAACAGUGCGGGAUCGUGGACAGCUACCUUACGCCCGCCAUGGUGAGCGAUCACCAUCACCACCAGCAGUUGUCGCAACAUCACCUGCAGCAUGGCCAUGGGAUGCACGAAGCGAAGGAGUACGCCAGCAUUUAUCACAACAACAACGACAAGAGUGUCAUCAACUAUAAUCACGCAGCCACGGUAGCAGCGCAUCACCAGCUGCAGUCGGAGCAUCACCAGCAGCAGCAACACAAUCACACCCAUACCAACAGCGGUGGCGAGUCGCGCAGUCCCGAGUAUUCGCACGCGCAUGACGAGUACGAUGGUGGAUUGCAGAGCUUCACUCAGUUGAUUAAUGUGUCUCGAGCGAGCGAUACGGCGUCGUCGAUGUACCACCGCCACCAACUGUCAGCCGAGGCUGCAGCGGCCGUUGCAGCCAGCGCGUCAUCGAACGGUGGCCAAACGCCGACAACGACCACCUCUUCGCCCGGCCCUUCCGAACAUCUGAGCCAUCUAGGCGGUGCCGGAUCAACAGCGGGCGGUUCUGUGCUGCUGCACACGGUUGGAAAUGGUGCCCAGGAACCGGGAUCCGGUGCCGGUGCCGAUGGCAGCCUCUCGCUGUACGACACACUCAACACGAGCGUUCUUUCCGGCGGUCCUUCGUACGGUCGCUGUUCGUUCCCGAGCAUGCAGUACUUCAACGGAACCUCCGCCGAUCAUCUUUGGUCGAGCGGCGUUUCCGGUAUGGAGAGUGAGUACAUGAAAGGGGCCCUUCCUGGCUUCCAGCGGAUCGUUUCCGGCACUAACACGUCGCGUGCCAAUCCCUACAGUACCGUCUCGUCAUCCUACCCGCAACAGAAUGAUACAUGGUCGCAGCAUUACGACGCCAGCACCAUUGCGUACAGCGUGGCAACGUCCAGCACCACCCCGGCAACGGUUAACAGGCGGGCGGCAGCAGCCACGACCACCACAACUCACUUCCCAGCGGCUGCCUCCCUUACAGCACUGGGCCUGGAUGCGGACUUGUUUACGGAGGGACGCGAGUGUGUCAACUGUGGCGCCAUUCAGACGCCCCUCUGGCGUCGCGACGGAACUGGCCACUACUUGUGUAACGCGUGUGGACUCUAUCACAAGAUGAACGGCAUGAAUCGUCCGUUGGUGAAACAACCAAGACGUUUGGUAAAAGAUCCUAGCUCUGCAAGACGAGUAGGACUGCAAUGUUCUAACUGCAACACAACCAACACUUCGUUGUGGCGUCGCAAUCAGGUCGGAGAGCCGGUUUGCAAUGCGUGUGGAUUGUACUACAAGCUGCACAAUGUAAAUCGACCACUGGCAAUGAAGAAAGAUAAUAUACAGUCUCGUAAGCGUAAACCGAAGGGAAGUAAGAACGGCGAUGGCAGCAAGAGUAACGCAAGUAACGCAUCGAGCAACCGCCAGAACAAUUCGAGCAGUAGCAGUAUAUCCGAGACACCGAAGAAGCAAGAAGGUAUGAAACUGAUGAAGAUUGGGGAAAACUCCACCUUUGAAAAGCUUAUUCCGUCAUCACCGUCAAGCGAGGGUAGCAACCAAUCUCCCGUGCAUCAUAAUCAUAUGUCACCGAUCUGCUACACUCCGCAAGUGCCUUCCCCAAUCACUAGCACCCCAUCAAGCGGUGCCAUAGUUAACAACAGCAAGUACAACCAGCAAAGCAAGGCGAGCAAUGCUUUUAUACUUCCUUCGCCCACACCGAUGAACAUGUUCGUAGGCAGUCCCACUGGUAGUGUAUCCGGACAGCAUCACCACCAUCAAUCCUCUGGCGGGCCGCUGAGUCCUGUGGGUUAUAGCAUGUCUGGGGUCGGUACUGGACAUGGCAAUAAUAACGGAUCUAUGGUAAGCUCCAAAUACCAUCAUAGUCCACCGCAGUCGCCUGAGGACAUGCUGUACUACGAUAUGCUACCGGCCGAUGUAAACGGUAGCGUCGAUCAACAUUCCCUGGCCACGAUUGUCAAAAUGGAACCAUUGGGUGGAGGUCACUACGCCGGUUAUCAGCAAACACUACAUCACGAUGGAAUUGUUGGUACGCUGGGACAUAAUCAGCAUGGAUCAUCAGGGGCACACAAUCACAGCCGCAGCCCUUCGUUGGCAGAUGAUGAGAGUGAGCAGGUUCACGGGCAGCAGGAUGUUAUCGAGAGUAAACACAACAUCAACCGCCCAACCGUGGUAUCAAUGUCCAGAUAGACGGGAUAAAUGUGCAAAAAUCCUCACGAAUGCAGACGAACGAAUCUCAUAGGGCUUUGCUUCGGUCUAGCUGUCUCUGCCUUCAGGGAUGCUUAUGAUACCAAAUGAACUGAAUAACACAAAAGACUCGACGAAUGUUAAUCAUAUAUUAAGCGAUUAGAUUAUUAGGUUAUUAUAGUUUAUACUGCACUAGCAUAAAGAACAUUUUGGGGUUAGUGCAAAUUUAUGUGGAUUGAUAGGAAGAGCAUAUCGGUAGGAAGGGAUGAGAGCUGUCAAUAGUUUUUUUUAUCCGUUUAUUACGUAGAAUUGUAAAAAGAAACCCACGAAAAUGGCCAUGACUUUUCGAAAAAAACGCUAUAAUUUUUACCAAUCUAAUGAAAUCAUGUCAAAUCAUGUUAAUGUAUCGAUGAAAUCAGAACCUAAGAUAUUGGAGGGAAAAUAUAUGAUCUGAUUGAAUAUAGCAUAAGUACAACCCGCUUGCUCCUGGAUAGAGCAAGCAGACUAAUAAGUAGCUGUAAAUAAUGUUCACUCAACUUGUGCAGAGGUUAGCCGAACAAUUGUACAUAAUAAUCAGCUCUCUGGAUACUUCGUAAUCGUUCCAAAUUGGUUAGACGCAUAAAGAAAUCUAGUGUUAAUGCUAAAUUGAGAUCUGAAAUUAUUAGCGCGUUGACGAUGGUGUAGAAACUUUGUUGAAUGUUGUAUCAUAUGAUUGUUUCGAUUCAUUUCCUCAAGAUUUGUAUAAUAUGCGUGUUAUGUUUGAUUAAAAAAAAAAAUGACUCGUAAUAACUUUAGAACUAAAAGAUAUGCAACGAUUAAAUAAAUGCAAGC